UGGAGUGAGGAGUUGGGGUGCCACGUGCCUCACUCCACGCGGGCAGAAGGUAUUGCUGUUUUGGAUAGUAGUGGUGCGCGAGCGACGCAGCUGCGGGUCAGGUUCAGUUAACGGGCUUAUUUCCUGCCAAAGCCGAGAUAACGCGGAGCGACUGAACAGGAAGAAAAGAGUGACGAUAACAGAACACCAGGAGAAAGGCGUUUCAUCGACGAGUCUUCUUCGCGAAGCUCCCUUUUCCGCCACCGGUGCCCCCCUGCUCUUGAGGCUGUGGUAUGAGCCUAUGUGGCAGGAAGGCGCUAACGUUGCUGAGCAGCGUGUUCGCCGUCUGCGGCCUCGGCCUGUUGGGGAUCGCCGUGAGCACCGACUACUGGCUCUACUUGGAGGAGGGCGUCAUCCUUCCUCUCAACCAGAGCACCGAGAUGCGCAUGUCGCUCCACUCUGGUCUGUGGAGGGUUUGCUUUUUGGCUGAGAAACAACCGUCCAGACAAGUGUUGUCCCAGAGUAAACCAGGAGAGGAGAAUGGACGGUGUUUUACCAUUGAGUAUGUGAUGCCCACUAAUGUGCAGAUGACAUCUGAGUCCACUGUUAGUGUACUCAAGAUGAUUCGCUCUUCUACACCCUUUCCUCUGGUCAGCCUCUUCUUCAUGUUCAUUGGUUUUGUACUCAGUAAUAUCGGCCACAUUCGACCACAUCGCACCAUCUUGGCCUUUGUUUCUGGAAUCUUCUUCAUCUUGUCAGGUCUGUCUUUGGUUGUUGGUCUGGUGUUGUACAUCUCCAAUAUUAAUGAUGAAAUGUUGAACAGGACCAAAACUAAUGAGGCUUACUUCAGCUACAAGUAUGGAUGGUCAUUUGCGUUUGCUGCCAUCUCCUUCUUGCUCACUGAGACGGCAGGUGUGAUGUCAGUGUACCUGUUCAUGAAGCGUUACACAGCAGAGGAAAUGUACAGGCCCCAUCAGGGCUUCUACAGACCUCGUCUCAGCAACUGCUCAGAUUACUCCGGUCAGUUCCUCCAUCCAGACGCUUGGGCCGGACGUGGUCGCAGUCCCUCCUCCAUCUCCUCCGAGGCCUCACUCCAGAUGAACUCCUCUAACUACCCUGCCCUUCUCAAGUGUCCAGAGUAUGAACAAAUGUCCUCCUCACCCUGCUGAGGCAGAUGAGGCGCGGUUGUUUCACUGAUGGGGUCUUUUUGAGCUGCCUGAAUUUUGACAUAAAAUUAUUGAAUAAUUUAAUAUUAUCCAGCUUGAUCUUUCCGCUUCAGCUGUUUGAACUAUCUUUACCCUCUCUACCAUUAAUUUUUUUAAGCAGUUUUUGAUUUUGUAGAGAGCAACAGUAAACUGAAGACUGUACAACAAGUGACAGAGGAAAUAGUUUUACCUGGUUUUACUUUUAUUAGCUUUUUCUCAAGUUUUUUCAUGAAAGCUGGCUGCCACCCUCCUAGCUCUAGGUAAGAACUGGAUCAGUAGGCUCUGUAUAUGUAAUUAUUGUAUAAUCUGCAGGUUUUUCCUCAAAUGCAAACAUUUUACAUCGACGUAGUUUCACAUAGAAACCAGCAGCUAAUCAGAGGAAUCACAUAGUGUAGCUGGAUGUGCUUCAAGCAUCCCGGGUUCUUGUUCUGAGAAAAUGUUUCCUCACUCUGAUUCUCUGAUCAUGUGAUAACUGAGCAAAUAGCGUGCACUUGCCAUUCAUAAAGGUUAACAGGGUUCAGAAAAUCGGCUAAUAGGGUUCAGAAAAUUGCUUCUCAUUUAUUCUAUAAAUGGUGCAUGUGCAACAGCGGUAUUAGUGUACACAAGCAUUACAUGCUCACAUGCUCAGUUGUUUCUAAUUAAAGUAGCCUCAACUGCAAAGCGUUGCACAUUUUGUUGCCAUGUACUUGUUUGUAAUCACAUCACAGUUGUUUCAGACGUGUUCAUGUGAAGGCUCUAAAAUUCAGCUUUGAACAUUUUCAUGUUCAAGUGCAGGCUUAAGGUUAUGAAACAGCUGUGAAUCACAACUGCUCAGAUAAUUUUACUGAUGUUCCAUCUUAUAAAUAAACAGUUAAAAGAUGUAUUUGUUGGGUCCAAUACAGCUGGUAUUUGACAUUUUUAUAUGACUUUUAGUUGAUUUUCUCCAUGUCUGUACACCGAAUAAGAACCGUUUGUUGUUGUGAAGCCAUGAGAGUUUUGUAAACUUUUUAAGCACUAUCAGGAAUAUGUCAUUAUUUUGUAUUUACACAUAAUAUUAUUCAUUUUCAAGCUUGUUCGCAUUGGUCCAUCUAAGAAAUGUAAAUGUUGACAUCAAAGGAAGGGUUUGCAUUAUAGGUUGCUUGUUCACACAUGUGAGAUACAUUAUUUAAAGGCCUAAAUACGAACAUGCUAAUGGCUAUAGAAACUGAGUGUUUUAUUGUACAUAGGAAACAAACUAAUGCUUUAUACGCACUCAUAUCUCGUCAUGAAUUACAUACAGGACUGCGUCACACCGGCGAACUUAACUAUCCAUAUAUAAACAACCCUUUUACUCAAAGAGGACCUAUAAUUAAUUUGUGCACUUAUUAGUUUUGAAACAAAUAAAACAAGAAGGAAGCAAAAAUAUCAGAAAGGCAACAGUGUUUGAGUGUUGCUGCUAACUUAGAGUUAUAAACUAUUAGUUUAUAAGAGAAUGCCAAAGGGGAGAAGUUGAAGUUUGAAGUUUCUACUUGGAUGUAGAACGAGUCAGUCAGGUUGUAUUAAAUACCAUUUUCAGAUGGGUUUAUUGUGAAUGUAAGAUGUGCCAAGGAGAUGCUGCUAAGUGGGAUGUUUCAGCAUAUAGUGAAAUACCUCUCCUAUAGAGACACUUCAACCAAGUUCUGUAAGCAUAUUUGUUUAUUUCUCCCUCAAAAAGAAAGAAUAUUCUUAUAUGUUAACAAAUGCACCGCAGUCCUGAGUGUGCCAAGGAAGACACUGUAUCCAGGUUAAGCACCAGUGUAUUGAAUAUACACAUUUCAUGCAGUAUAAGUGUAAAAAAACAUAUUACAUAGCUGCAUUUUGUCUUGUUUCGAUAAUUUUGUGUUAGUUUGACAUAUAAAUAAAAUUUUACUUAUUGUCAGUAUAUGGUGUGAGCUCCACGUGAUAUUAAUGCAUGCAACAUUUCAUCACUGGAUCACAUUGUUCCACCUGCACAAGUACAUAAAACUAACAAACACAAACUGUGCCAAGUUAAACUUUCACUCUUUGAAACUACAGUAUACACACCCAUUCUAUUUUGUUUAUUUUAAACACUGUAAAUAUAAAAUCAUCUAUAUGUGUAUAGAUUUUUUUUGUAUAGACAUCUAUUCAUGUAAAAACUGGUUGUUUUAUUGUUGGGUAGACUUACUUGCAGUAUAUUUGACAGCUGCUUUGCCUCCUGCUUCACAUUGACAGUGUGAGCUUUUUCAUAUUGUUAAGCUUACAUUAAUGCAAAGUAUCCCAAAUGGUGUCAUGAAAUGUUAAUAUAUGUAUUUUUACAUUCAGUCAUAUUCAUGAUGUUAGAUGUGCAAUUGACGGUGUGUUCUCU